AUGACACGUUAUAAACCGUGUUAUUCAAAUUCUUCAACGUCGAAUGAUGCUUCAUCACGUACAAGACCGUGUGGUGGUGAAGAGCGUGAUCGCUCUAGAUCAUCAAAUCGUCAUAUGAACAAUCGUUCUCGUUCAUCUGACUCUUAUGAUCAAUCUGAAUCAUCACGAGGUUCAUCAAAAACAAGUAAAUCGUCUUGUUCACGUGGUGCUGACUACAACGUGAACGUAAGCUCAUGUAGUAAUCGUCAAUAUCAUCAAAAACCAACAUCACAUCGUUCUCAUCAUGAACGUGAACGGCGACAUCGUCGAAAAUCAAGAUCACGAACGCGUUCAAGACAUCGAAAAAAAUAUCGAAAAUCGAUUUUAACCAUGGUUAAAAAACAAAAUUUAUCGUUGUUCAAUAAUGACAAAAAAAAUGAUAAUAAUUUAUUACAAAGACAAGUAUCAAAUGAUUUUGCUAUUUACCGUGGUAGUGAUAUUUAUAAUCAAGGUUAUGCACAAACAAUUAAGUCGCUGCUUUCAACUGGACAAUUGUGGCUUUUAAUGUAA